AUGUACGAAACUGAUUUAAGUAAUCAAAACUUUAUUGGUUUGAUAGCUAAUGAUAUGAACAACUUAGCAACACAAUUUCCUAAACAAUGGAUACCUAUUAUGUCAAAUGAAAUUAAUGGAUUAACAAAAGAGAAUCAAGAAAUUGCUCAACAGUAUUUAAAUACUAAGCAACAAUUUGCUAAAGUAUUUGGUCUUGCAAAAACUAUAGUAAAUCAAAAUGCUUUAAGCAAUACAUCAGAUGAUGAAUUACUUUCAGAUUCUUCAAAUAAUAUAGAGUUUGAUACUAAUGGAAUAAAAAAAAGAAAAGUUUCAAGUAUUGAUGUUAAAAAUCCUUUAAGAAAAUGA